AGACAACAGUCUAAAAGUGGCUGGGGAAAGACUUUAUUUCCAUAAAUUUUAUUUUGAUAAAAUUGGUUUGGGAGUUUCUACAGGGAAGAAACUGAACCAGGAACACCGCACCAUAAAAAGGAGCAUUCAAAAAAUAACUGUAUUUUCUUGCAUUUUGAGCAGCUAUUGCUAUGAUGUUAUGGAGUAUAAUUUACCAACAUCUUCAGCCUUCCUUCUUUUCUUCUUUCUCUUUUUCCUUCUUAUUACUCUGCAUCAGAGCAGAGCAAAUACUGCUCACGCAGAAACCAACCUGGAUAUCAGGGCAACUUGGAGACCAGAUUGAAAUGAAUUGCUACCAGAACAACACAGAUCACAACUGGAUGUACUGGUAUCGGCAAACAGCAGCAAAGCAGCAGUUGGAAUUGAUUGGUUACAUAAGUAUGGGAGCACCAAAAGCCACUAUGGAAGAUGAAUUUGAAGAUCGAGGAUUUACGAUUCAACGGACGCAUGGUAAACACUGUUCAUUGCAAAUCAACAAAAUGAGCUCUGAAGAUGCUGCCGUUUAUUUCUGUGCUUCUAGCUUUACUGUGUCAAACUCAUUGCUGUACUUUGGCCAGGGAACCAGACUGACAGUGCUAGAAAUCAUUUCCAUUUAUGAAGUCCUGGCCACUAGAGAAAACAAUGGUUUGAGAAAAAUUACUGAUGGGACAGACAUGUUGUGUGUCUCUGACAAGCUCUAUUUUGGACAAGGAACUCGGCUGACAGUGCUAGAAAAGGGACACAUUCUCACACCCCCAAGUGUGACCAUAUUUUCUCCAUCCAAAAGAGAAUUGGAAAAAAAGCAGAAAGCUACAAUUGUGUGUUUGGCCACUGAUUUCUAUCCAGAUCACGUCAUUCUUACAUGGUAUCUAAAUAACAAGUCUAUAACAGAUGGAAUAAAGACAGAGGAGCCCAAAUAUGAAAAUAAGAAAUAUUCACUGAUCAGCCGUUUAAGAAUCACUGAGAACCAGUGGCAGAAUUCAAAAAAUAAUUUCAAGUGCAAAGUCGAUUUCUACAAUUCUUCUGAAAGCACCAGUUACGAAGCUUCCAUAAUUGGAGAAGAAUGUGAUAGCCAGACCUCCACAAAUGAAUUGUAUCUCAGACAAGCCAAUCUUGGAAAACUGGUGUAUAUUCUUCUCAUUUUCAAGAGUGCCUUGUAUGGGGCAUUUAUAAUGCAUUUGAAAAUAAGAAAAAAGUCCUGUGGCAGUUGAUACAACAGAAGCCUUUUACCCGGGAACAUCAUAUCUGAGUUGAAUGAAUGCUGAAGAGAGAAGAAGAAUGAUUUUUGCCUUUAAAAGUCUGAAGUGACAUUCUGAUUCUUUUUUUUUUUUAAUAAAAAAUUUGGUUGUUCCCAACUUUA